CCCUCUCUGGGCACAAUGAAUGUGGUUCUCUCCAGGGACAGCCAAGUGCGGGCGAUGGAGGACAUGGUGAACCACGCCGAGACGUACUUCGGGCACUUCUGCUCGCUGCUGGCCGCCUACACCCGCAAGACGGCCCGGCUGCGGGACACGGCCGACCAGCUGGUCAAGCGGCUCCUGGACUUCGCCAACACGGAGAGCCCCGAGAUGCGCGCGGUCAUGAAGAGCCUCGCCGAGGACCUGGCCAAGGUGCAGGAUUACCGGCAGGCCGAGGUGGAGAGGCUGGAGAACAAGGUGCUCAGCCCCCUGAAGCUCUACGGCGCGCAGAUCAAGCAGACGCGGGCCGAGGUCAAGAAGUUCAAACGCGCCCGGAACAAUGAAAUCAAACAACUGGAGAAGCUGGAGAAACUGAGGCAGAAGUCGCCUUCGGACCGCCAGAUGAUCUCCCAGGCGGAGAGCAGCGUGCAAAGGGCCUCGGUGGACGCCAGCCGCACCACACAGCAGCUGGAGGAGACGGUGGACGCCUUCCAGAGGCAGAAGCUCCGGGACCUGCAGAAGAUCUUCUCGGACUUCGUGACCGUGGAGCUGGUGUUCCACGCCAAGGCCGUGGAGGUCUACUCGGACGCCUUCCGGGCUCUAAACGCCUACGACCCGGAGCGAGACCUGGAGGACUUCAGGGCCAGGACCCGGGGAACUUAUGGCCAUUACGCCGCCGCUCGGCCCACUCCAGACGCCGCCCGGUCCCUGCCGGCCGCAGCAUCCUCCCCGGCCGCCCCCUGGUUCCUGGUCAAAGAGGCUCAGAGCGUCCCGAGCCCCACGCGUAGCCCACGGGAGGACGAGGAGGCCAGUGAGGGGGACGGCGCCGAGGAGGACCCUGUGCAGGACCUGAGGCCACCGCGGCCAGGAGCCUGAGCACAGGGCAGCCC